AUGCGCGAAGUGCAGGAAUAUUUCAACUAUGUUCUGCUGGGUAGUAAAUGGGUAUUGUUGUGGUUCAGUCCUCUCUCGUUCUCAUGGGUGACACUGUCAUGCGGAGCCAAAGCGCUACUGAGUAAGGGAACUUGGUGGACAGUGGAUGGAUGCUUCCGGAUGGCUGGCACUAUAGGGCGCUCAAGCGUGGGAAAGCGCGCGCGCAUAUACAUCGUGAAGCGUGGGAAAGAGAUCAGGCGGGGGUUUAAUGAUGUCACCAGAUUUUCCACUUAUAAUGUCAAGGCACAUGGUCUUCAAGACCUGCUGAUCAUCACAGAAGCCAGACUGGUUCAGUUCUCACCUGCAAGGCCUACUAGACAGUCAUUCUUACUCAUCUGUCCAUGGAAUCAUCGUGAUCUCGAGCUGCCUGACUUUGAUGAUCUCGAGUCAUUAGGGCCUGAGCCUGGGUCUUCAUCAGAGCUUGAUAUGGGAGACCUGAGGUUGAUCGUUCGCCUUGGGCAGCCUUUUGGUGCACUUCUCCUGGUGCAGCAGUGGGGGGGAGAAUUUAAGAGAAUCACAUUGGAUAACAACAUUAUCACACAAGUGAAGGAUGUUACUUCUGUUGAUAGUAUGAUGCACGUCAGGACAUUGGAGAUAUUGUAG